GAAAGAAGGGUCUGUGGAACCACAGGAUAAGAAAAGAUAUGCAAAUAUAGAUACAUUGCAGAUAGUUCUGUUUGACAUAGAGGGUAGGUAGUAAGACUGAUGCAGUUUUAAAAGGGUUGAUGUGUGUUCUUGGAAGGAGACACUCAUUGCUUAAGAUGUGGAUGGGGUAUGGCUUCUUCUUAAGAGCUCAUUAGCCUAAAUAAACUGUGGUGGGGUUUGCUAUUCUGCUAUUUUACACCUAUGGAGUCUUACACUCAGAAUGCUAAAAUGUAAUGUAUGAACUGUGAGGGAUUGUGUUUGUUGACGUUAGAUCAACAUCAGAAUAUUUUCAUCUGCUUUUGGUUUUGUGCCAAACCGAACUGCAACCUGUUCACAUUCUGUUGCAAACAGUUUUUUCCGUUCGAAAAAAACAGCAAUGACUAACGGAUUGAUUAAAUAGCAGAGGGAUGCUGUCGCUCUAACCUAUAUUUGUCCCCACUAAGUUUAAAAACGGCAGCCUGCCAAAAUCAAUCAAAUUCUCGCUUUAUCUGUGCCAUUGGUGCGUCACAGAGUACAUUGGCUGUUGCUGUGGACCGCACGCCUGUCUGCAUUUAAUAGGAGAGUAGAGGGAUAACAGUGGAUAACAGUGGAAACUUGCCCCACGUCUUCAUAUCGCAAAAAUAUUUGGUAUUUUUAUUCGAAGUCUGAAAGACAUGCAUCCAGACCAAUUUAGUUGGAUCGAAAAGGAAAUUGUAUUCUAAACGUGGAGUAGAGGGCUGUGGUAAAGGUGCUGCCUUACCCUUGUUAGGCUGUAGCGGUGGCAUUCUCGGUACUGUUUUCGCGGAAAUAAUUAAUAAUAAUUUAAAAACAUAACUAUCUUUGACAAAGUAAACUAGGAACCAGAAUGGCUGCAGUUCACAACGGAUCGAAUAUCACGGGGAACUAUACCAAUCAGUUUGUUCAACCUCCCUGGCGCGUGGCGUUGUGGUCGGUAGCCUACAGCUCCGUACUAACCGUUGCGGUCUUCGGGAAUUUAAUUGUAAUUUGGAUCAUUCUUGCCCACAAACGAAUGCGGACAGUCACAAAUUAUUUCCUUUUAAACUUGGCGUUUUCAGACGCAUCCAUGGCUGCCUUCAAUACUUUGAUCAACUUUAUUUACGCUUCCCACGGAGAAUGGUACUUCGGAGAAGCUUAUUGCAAAUUCCACAACUUCUUUCCAGUAACUGCCGUGUUUGCCAGCAUCUAUUCCAUGACCGCAAUCGCCGUUGACAGGUACAUGGCCAUCAUCCAUCCCUUGAAGCCUCGCCUGUCGGCCACUGCCACCAAGGUGGUGAUCGUGAGUAUCUGGGCUCUGGCUGUGGCCCUGGCCUUCCCUCUCUGCUUCUACUCCACCCUCCGCAGGAUGCCUCGCAGGACCAUCUGCUACGUGGCCUGGCCUCGACCCGCGGACGACUCCUUCAUGUACCACAUCAUUGUGAUGGUGCUGGUGUACCUGCUGCCCCUAGUGGUGAUGGGCAUCACCUACACUAUCGUGGGCGUGACCUUGUGGGGAGGAGAGAUCCCUGGGAACUCUUCAGACAAUUACCACGGCCAGCUCAGAGCCAAGAGGAAGGUGGUGAAGAUGAUGAUCAUCGUGGUGGUGACCUUCGCCCUCUGUUGGCUGCCGUACCACGUCUACUUCAUCGUGACGGGCCUCAUCAAGUACCUGAACAGGUGGAAGUCCAUCCAGCAGGUGUACCUGUCAGUGCUGUGGCUGGCCAUGAGCUCCACCAUGUACAACCCCAUCAUCUACUGCUGUCUGAAUAGCAGGUUCCGGGCGGGGUUCAAGAGGGCAUUCUGCUGGUGCCCGUUCGUCCAGGUGUCCAGCUACGACGAGCUGGAGCUGCAGACCACCCGCCUGCACCCGGCGAGGCAGAGCAGCAUGUACACCCUGUCCCGCAUGGACACCAACACCAUGGUGGUGUACGACCCCGCCGAGGGUGACGCCGGGAGUGGUGGGGCUGUCCAGAACCACGCCACCGUCAACAGGAAGAAUAUCUCUGUGGCGUCGCGCCACGACGACUGCAACGGGAAUGGGAGAGCGGUCAAGGCCGGGAUCGCCCCCACAGUGGAGGCCGAAGAGUUCUCCUGAAACAAAAGCGAGCACGCUCACACACUCACACAGACAGACACAUACUCUCGCAUAAUUAGACACACAAACAGAAACACACUCAGGGUAGUUGUGUACUAAGUUGUAUCAAGACAACUAAUAGUCAAUGUUUCCAAACCGAACGCACACCCAAGUAAACAGCACAAACAUGAGAAUUGAAUCUAGUUCACCGGAACAGGUUUUUGUAGUAGCCUUUGUGAACACCAUCCUUUUAGUUCAUCUCAAGUACAGUUGAGCAAGGUCGCCGUGGCGUGCCGCAGCUCUGCGGUUUGUCUUGCUUGGUUUGUGUUGUAGUGGUUUCAUUUUAGCUCUAAUCCCAUGAGGGUUUCUCCCAUAUACCUCAUUGAGGGUUCAGGCCAUGAUCACAGUGCUCAACCUUGGAACUGAUUAGCAUCUGAAAGGUCGUGGACUGUGGUAAUUAGCGAGGGCACAUGCCUGG